AUGGCGGCGAAGAAGUCCAACAGCGAAGGUGUUCUAUCUAGGGUUUCAUCAACAGUAUCCGAAUCUCCAAUCGUCUACAAAGGCAAGCGCGCAGCUUCCGAUGCUGGUUUCGUCGUCAAGAAGCUCCUCAGGAGCACAGGCAAGGCAGCCUGGAUUGCCGGAACAACUUUUUUGAUCCUCGUUGUUCCCCUCAUCAUUGAGAUGGACCGAGAGGCUCAAUUGAACGAGCUGGAGCUCCAACAGGCUAGCCUGCUCGGCGCUCCAUCUUCCGCCGCCCCGCACUAA